CUGGUGAUCAGGUACUGGAGGGACUAUCAGCGAUACUGGGACUUUAUUACCUCUGGAUUCACUGAACAAGAACACACUGACAUAUCAGUACAAAAUCAUGACUCUGAACAAGGGCGAUAAGUUGAGGAACAUGGACAGAAGGAGAGGGAGCACCCCAUUUCCCAUGCAUCUUCAGACUCUGCACAGGAGAAGCAUGCCUGUCGAUGAGCGUGAGCUGCACUCUACCAUGCUCCCUGUUCGCCCAGGCGACCUGUCCAACCUCACCCGCUGCACAUCCUACAGCCCAGGAGAACAGCACAGAGACAGCUGUGUGUCUGACUCAUCUGACUCGGUCAUCUCCUCCGGGAGUGACUCUGAUGCACAGAUCCACAAGGUCGUCAUUCUGGGAGAACACGGGGUGGGCAAGUCUACCCUGGCACGGAUUUUCGGUGGCGUGGAGGACAUUCACGACUGUGAGGAUGCAGGAAACACAUACGACAGAUCGAUUAUUGUUGAUGAAGAAGAAGCAAAUAUUCUCUUGUACGACAUAUGGGAGCAGGAUAACAGCCAGUGGUUAAAGGAUCAGUGCAUGCGUAUGGGUGACGCCUACAUCAUAGUCUACUCUGUGACAGACAAGUCAAGUUUUGAGAAAGCAUCAGAACUUCGCAUUCAGCUCCGCAGGGCACGACAGUCAGAGGACAUCCCCAUCAUCCUGGUGGGAAACAAGAGUGACCUAGUGCGCUCCAGAGAAGUGUCUGUAGAUGAGGGCAGUGCAUGUGCGGUUGUGUUCGACUGCAAGUUCAUUGAGACGUCAGCCUCACUACACCACAACGUGCGCACUCUAUUCGAGGGCAUCGUACGACAGAUCCGCCUACGCAAGGACAGCAAAGAGGAGAACGCCCGGCGCAUGGCUAACUGCAAACGCCGCGAGAGCAUUAGCAAGAAAGCCAAGCGAUUCCUGGGUCGCAUGGUUGCACGCAAGAACAAAAAGAUGGCUUUCAGACAGAAGUCCAAGUCCUGUCACGACCUCUCUGUACUCUGAGAGAGAGAGAGAGAGAGAGAGAGAGAGAGAGAGAGAGAGACUGACCCGUUGGCCACCUCAGCGGCCUCUAAGACCAGAAGCUGUGUGUUUUCGACAGGACUGCAAACAGAUUUAAACUGUACUCAUUUUAUAUGGUAAAAAUCAGACCCAGAACAUUAUACAAGUCAGUGUUUAUGAUGUGCAUGUUGCUUUU